CCUAGGAGAAUUCGUGGGGACUUAAGCGAAACAGGGCACGCGACGACUACCUGAUUCCUCCUAUUUCAUCUCCUAAGGAAAAAAAGAAAUAAGAAAGACACCGUCGUCUUCCCUCUCUCUCUCUCUCUCUCUCUCUCUCUCUCUCUCUCUCUCUCUCUCUCUCUCUCUCUCUCUAUUUCUUUCUUCCUUUCUUUUUAUAAUUCUUCCCAUCCUUGAGAAUUUCAUCGAAUAUUAUUCUCCUUCCGCCAAGCGAACUCAUAAAUUCAAGGACACUCGUGACAUUUUUUUUGUGUUCUCCCUUACACACACACACACACACACACACGCACGCACGCACGCAUACAAAAAAAAAAAUAUAUAUAUAUAUAUAUGCCACAUCUCUUCCCUUCUUCUUUUUCGAAAGAUAAAGAAGCCACGUGCCAAUAACGUUAUCCCAUCGUCUUUCAGCGGCCCUUUAAGGACCCUUCGAGUCUAUCCACACACCUCCGAUAUCUAAACGUUCCUACAAAUUCUUUUGGCCAAGUGUCACACAUGGAACACCUAGAGCCAACUUACCGUACGAUCACUCGCGUGAUUCUAAGUGCCGAUGUGCUGUGUUCAAGGUGAUCCCUUGUGUUCUACGAGAGACGAACUCGAUCGAUCGGUUAUGAAACGGAGACGUUACAAGUGUCGCGGAAAUAAGCCAACACUUUUUAGAGGGAGAAGAUCUGACGUGGAACGAGAGAGGGAACUCUUUGGUAAGAGUCAACAUGUCGUCGACGAUGGCACAGGAGACGACGAUAUCGGAUCUCACGGAACUAGACAGCGACGGAGGCUCGAGUUCGGAGGAACGAGAUUUGAGAAAACGUCUUCGCGGAGACGCUGAUUUUGCUGGACCGAAGAAGAGACGAAAGCAAACGACACCGGUAAGAUUUUCAUCGUCCUUGAUGAACGAACUACAGGAGGAGUCGAACGAAGACGAGGAGGAUGAUGAUGAUGAGGAGGAGGAGGAAGAGGAGGAGGAGGAAGGAGAAUUGGACGUUGACAGCGAAGGUAAGCUGUCUUCGAGAUCACCGAGUCGUCAUCAUCACCACCUUCAUCAUCAUCAUCACCAUCUUCAUCAUCAUCAUCAUCCUUCGAUAAAAGAUGAAAAUCUAAACAACGAAUUUCGUUGUCAGUAUUGCGGUCAAUUUCUCGAUAGCAAGGAAACGUUGAACGUACAUUUGGAUAAUGAGCACGGUGCGGCGACUAAUCAAACGACUAAUCAUCUAUUACAAAACAGAUCAUCCUCGGCCGUGAUAAAAUUGGAAGGAUCGAACGAUCAUCAAUCGGAAAGUCCCGUCAAUCUAUUGACCGUAAAAAAUUUCGCAUCUUCCUGGUUGAAUCAGCAACAACAAAACGUCCAAUCGCAAACGCAUAUACAAUCGCAAAACGACGAGCCAUGGCCAGGGCCAUCGAGUCAAUUGGCAAUGAGCAAUCAUUUGCAAGCGUUAACCGGAUUCCCAGGUGCUCUGGGCUCGUAUCUUCCUCUACCGACAUUUCCAUUGCAUGCCGAUCCAACGCAUAUCCCAAGAACGUCCAUACCUUCCGCUCCCGUUAGGAUCUUUAAUCCUGAGGCUUAUUGCGAUUUAUGCAACAAAGAAUUUUGUAACAAGUAUUUCUUAAAAACGCACAAGGCCAACAAGCACGGUAUUUACGUCGAUUCGCCGGGACCUAAUACGACCAACGAUAAUAAUAGUGCCAACGUCCUUCCAUCGCAAAUAUUCCCGAGCGGUGGUUUUACAAGUACGUCGAUUAAAUUGGAACCGCCGGCUACGCCGCCGAUGCCAAGCGUUCCGUGCGACGUAUGUCAAAAACGUUUCAAGAACGACGAAUCUAUGAGAAAGCACAAGCAAAAGAUUCACAACGAGUUGAUCGAGCAAACGGCCGAUCAAUCUUUGCCUGCUUCGCAAAGCGAAGAUGACAGGGAGACACCGCGCAGUAGUCCUGGCGGCAUAGAGACCCUGUUCAAGCAAGAAUUUGGCAUCGAGCAAGAGGAUACGACGUUUAUGCCAGCACCUAGACACCUCUCACCCCAAUCGAUCCAACAAGCUCGAGACUCGGGAUUCAAUGCCGAUCGUCUUCGUCGUUUAGGCGUUAUCAAUCCCGAAGCAUUCUGCGAGAUUUGUUGCAAGGAAUAUUGCAACAAAUAUUUCCUUCGUACGCACAAAAUGAAGAGACACGGUAUAAUCGUACAUGACAACGAAAAAUCACCUAGCAAUCCCGCGGCGGCGCUCACCUGGCAUCAAGUACAAACUAGUCCCCUUAAUUUGAUAGUGGCCGAGUCUGGCAAUGGAUCGGAAUCGAACGAUCGUACAAACGACGAUUACGAGUGUAAACCUUGCGGCAUACGCUUUCAGACCGUCGGCCUUUAUCAGGCACACUCUAGGAAAAUCCAUGAAAACGAGGAACAACAAUCGCCGAAACAAGAAUUCGAUCAGGACACGUCCGACCAACGUACCGAUUCCAUUUCCGAAGAUCUUCAAAAACUUCAGACGAUGAUCCUGCAAUUGAAUGGUCUGGAAUCUAACAUAGGAAAGGGAUUACAAUCCUGUAACAUAUGCGGGAGAGAGUGCGAAUCUAGAACAUCUUUGAGAAUUCACAUGGCGACCGAGCAUUCUCACGUCACGGAGAAUCCGUCGCAAUCGCCGAUUCCAGAUAAAUCAUGCGAAUCAGGAAAUACAGGGAUCGUAGCUUUUUGUACACUUUGCGAGAAGGAUUACGUAAGUCAAGAAGCUUUGAAGAAGCAUAUUGUCGAGGAACAUCAGGCAACGAUACCAAAUCCAUUGUCUCAAGUACCUCCUCCUCCUCCUCCUGCUAUUGGUUCUACCGUUAUUAAUACGAAUACUUUGAUCAAUUCUACAUCGAGUACCACGACGAUACCAACGAGCGGCAAUCAAACGCAAACGGAAAAAAAGAUCACCUCGAUGACGCCAACCUCGAGUUAUUGCGAAAUUUGUAACAAAGAAUUGUGUAAUAAAUAUUUCAUGAAGACCCAUAUGCAAAGGAUGCAUGGAAUAGAAAUAGAAAAUGGCGCUCAAAUUGGUGGUGUUAUAUGUAACAUCUGUAACAAGGAACUCUGUAGUAAAUAUUUCUUAAGAGUUCACAAACAUAAUACGCAUGGUAUCGUCGACGAAAAUGCUACUACCUCGUCCUCGGCCAAACAGGAGGCUUACGAUGCCUCGAGCUCCGAGGAUUCGGCUUUGAAGCCGGAACAAUUGGGUGACCUAAGUCAUCGAUAUUUUACACAUUUCACCGAGGUCUGUCCGAUUUGUAGCCGUAGGUUUCGCAGUAUAAAAUGGCUCAAGGCACAUCUGUUGGGAGAUCAUGGGAAAAUCGGUAUCGAUAAGUGGCGCGAUAUGGAACAACAAUAUCAAGCCACAACGAGGAACGCUAAUAGAUCUGGUAAUAAUAAUUCGAAAAAUGUUCAACAAGUCUCGAAUCUUAAAAUACCGAAUGGCUACGAGCUGAGCCAACAAAAUAAGACGACCGAUUUAAGCAGUAACAUUGGUAAUCAAGUAUUGUCGAAUUUAUUUGGUUCUACCUCGGACGAUCAACAAAUGAAAAAUUAUCGUUGCAGUUAUUGCAAUUUUUCGACGACAAUUUUACCAUUUUUAUUCCUACACGAGAGAUCCCACGUUAACGCCCAAGAAAGCAUAGACACCGACAAUACUCUCCAAUGUCCAAUAUGUUCUCAAGGAUUCCAUCAGCCUGAACAAUUGCAUCAACAUUUGCUAACCAGACAUCAAUUUCCGGCACUGCUAACGCAGUUUCAAACGCCCAUACUUGGAAAUCCAAACAUUGAUCAGGAAAAGGUUAGUAACGAUCCGAAGGAUUUGAGAUCGGAGGAAUCGAAGGACGAUAAUGUAAACAGGAAUCAGAUUAAUCCAACGAUGAGUCAGAAUCUUGUCCCCGUUCCCGAACAAAUAAGAAAUCAAAGAAAUCAAGAGGACAAUGCCGUACAGGUGACUCCCCAUGGUGCUUACAAGUGUGCUCAAUGCGGAUACGCGACUACGAAUCUUAACAGAAUUAAAAAACACGUUAGAAAGGAUCACACUGCGAUCGGUGAUCCAACGGACAGCGUAAUAGCCGAACUUAGCAAAACUUUGAAGGACGUUGCUAAUAGGCACAAAUUGCCAGCCUGUUACGCAAUGCCACAGGACAUCAACGUCGGUGAUAAAACAAUAAUGCAACCAUUCCUGAUAGACGAACAACAGGAUCCAUCGUUGCAUAACACCGACGAAUCCAAUUCAGAAAAACGAUUUAUGCCAGCUCUCGUUUAUCUACCUGUUAAAUCACGAAUUAGCAGUGCACUGACCGCGUCCUUCACUCUCACACCUGCCUAAGAGGAAAGAAAAAGAAAAAGGAAAAAAAAAAGUAUCUGACUCCAUCCUAUCUAACAAAUGUCUAAGAAAGAAAAGAGGAAGAAGGAUGCAAUUAGUUCUCUGCGCCUGCGAUCUGAAGCACGUGGUAUCGGUUCCUAUCUACUACUACUACUACACUACUACUACUACUACUACUACUACUACUACCAAGUAAGACGACAUCGAAGAUGUUGAGAUUUUUAUAUCAAAUACUUUUUAAUAAUAGCUCUGAUCUGCCUUUCAUGAAGUUUUUAUAUAGUACAUCCGUUUAUAUUACUCUGUUGUUUUUCUUUUUCUUUUUUCUCUCUCUCUCUCUCUCUCUCUCUCUUUUUUUGCAUUUCUUUUUUACUUUUUUACUUUUUUCUUUUUCUUUUUUUUUUUUUUUUUUUUUUUUUUUGAUAUACAUAUAUAUAUACAUAGAACAACAUCCUUUCUUUAAUCAAUUCGAUUUCUCGUGAAUAAUCUGUGAUGAUUCGAUAGAUAGAGAAAAAAGAGAAGGAGAAGAGGAGAAAGAGAAGGAAAAGAAAAAGAAAAUAAUAAUAAUAACAACAAUAAUAAUAAUAAUAAUAAUAAUAAUAAUAAUAAUAAUAAUAAUAAUAAUAACAACAAUAACGUCAAACGAAUAAAAUAAUAACAAUCUCGCUAAAUUCCAAUUAUCGUCAUUAUUAGCACCGGGGUAGUAAUUUAAAGGAUAUUUUUUCUUUUUUGCUAUCAACAAACGCGAGAGCACGUUUUAUUUAUUCAGUGGUUUUUCAUUGCGACGUCAUAUCCGGUUAUCGAAGGGAGGAGGAGGAGGAGUGGGUGGAAUUGACGAGGGGGGAAAGAAAAAAAACGGAAGGAGAAAAGAAAAAGAGAAAGAAAGAAGUACGACAAAACAGAAAAUGACGGACACGUAGAUUUCUCUUUUACAUCCUUGGCCCGAACAUUUCUUUUUUCUUUUUUUCUUUUUUUUUCUUAUGAGAGAUAUGUAUGUAAAUUACACGUAGUAACGUAGGGAAGCACAUCUCGCGUUUAAAAGCCACGUUGUUAUAUUGUAAAUAUACUUACACUAUCAAUUAUAUAAAAAAUGGGUGAUCGACAAAGUUCCUAUUUUCAAUGCGACGGGCCUCCAAAGAAACGGAAAUAAAAAUGAAGAAAAAAAUAACAAAAAAAAAAGUAAAUAAUAAUAAUAAUAAUAAUAAUAAUAAUAAUAAUAAUAAUAAUAAUAAUAAUAAAGAAAAAAGAAAAAAAAUAAAAGUAAAAGGAAAGAAAGCGUUAUUAUACGCGAAUUACAUACUACACAUCUUUUUUCGAUGUAUGUACGUACGUAUGCAUGUAUGUAUGUAUGUAUGUAUGUAUGCAUGCAUGUAUGAGUCUAAGAUAUAUGUGUAUGUACGCUUUCAUUUUCACGUCUAUACUCUCUCAAGUACAUACCUAAAUAUUAUUUUCUUUGUUCCUCCUUUUCGAUUAAUUAUUAAUGAAUUAAUUAUUCGAACGAGAAAUCGAUUCUGAAAUCGAUGCGUUGAGAAAAGGGAAAGAAAAAGGAAAAGAAAAUAAAAAAAAAAAAAAAAAGAAGAAAAGAAAGGAGGAAAGAAGACAGAAAAAAGAAAAAAGGGAAUAAUAAUUCGAUUGAAAGAUCGACUUCGAUCGGUAUUUCAAAUAUUGUAUCGAGACGUGUUAUCGUAAUUUACUUUUGCGAUUUUUCCUAGUCAAUAUUUUAUAUAUAAAUUUAUCUGUAAGCAAAGAUUGAACGAUAAAAGAUUGCGGAAAGAGAUUUAAAGAGGUAUUUAUUAAUAUACAAAUAGAUUUUUCGUAAAAAUAUGAAGAAGAAGAAGAGAAGGAAGAUGAAGAAUGAAUGAAAGAAAGAGAGCAGAGUUAAAUAAGAAAAAAAAACAAAAAAAAAGAAGGAAACUAAUAUCGUCGUAAUAACCACAGAUGAGAAGCAAAUAUAAGAAGAAAAGAAAAAUGAAACAACAAUUACAACAACAACAAUAACAACGAGAUAAUAUAACAAAUAUGAAUGAGAAUUUGUCGAUUUUAUAAUUGAACGUGAACGAUUAUAAUGAUAUAAUGUUUAGAUAUCAACAAAGAAAUGAGGAAGAAAAAGAAGAGAGAAGAAAAAGAAAGUAAAAAAAAUUGAGAAAAAAGAUGGCCAACAACAAACUCAGGGCGGACACAGUAUAACCCGCAACAAAAAGUACAAUCGUAUACACAGCCAACGCAUCUCGCAUAGAAUUAAAUAAAAUAAAAUAAAAUAAAAUAAAAUAAAAUAAAAUAAAAGGAAGAAAGAAAAAAAAAAUAAAAUAAAAUAAAAUAAAAGAGUACUACUACUUUAAAAUAAAUAUAUAGCGCUAUUGUAGGAUUUUCGUAUGUGGCACGGUUUAUCAAAUUUAAUCAUUUUAAUGCUCUCUCAAUAUUAAAGAAAAUAUUAAAAAAAAAAAAAAAAAAAAAAAAAAAAAAAAAAAAAAAAAAAUGAGGAAAG